AUGACCCCCGACUGCAAGCGCCACUUUCGCCAGAAGACGAGGGACCUGCUCACCGUGUUCGUCCGCAAGUUUGGCUUCGAUGUCAUAUUCGGUCUGGCUCCGUCCGGCGACGUAGUGCUGCAGAAGCGGCUGAAGAACAUCAGGAAGCUGGAGCAGCGCAAGAAGGCCGACCGGGAGGCCAGGAAGCAGCAGACGGAGGCGUCCGACGACGAGACUGCGCAGCCCGUCGCUAAAAGCGUCGAUGACAUCCUGCGGGCGGCCGAGGUGUCCUCGGACGAGGAAGAGGAGGCGACGACGCCGCAGCCGCACGCCGGCCGCCGAGCGGCUAAGGGCACCGCGUGGAUCCGCGAGGACGCCGAGAGCAUCGUGGACCUGCUGGACCCGAAGGCGUCGCGCCACGUCACCGCCACGCGGCCGGAGCAGGGCGGCGCGGCCGACCGGCGGCACCAGCGGCGGCGCCAGGAGUUCGGCCUCAGCGAGGACGGCCGACUGAUCAUCGAUACCGGCGACGACGAGGACGACGAGCCGGCCGGCUCCAGCGACGACGACGAGGAGCCCGACCAGUUCAUGGAGGCCAUCCGCAACACGGCCGGCCGCCGGAAGAGGAAGCUGGACGCCUCCAGCCAGGGCUCCGCCUCCGAGCCGUCCUCCUCGAAGUACCUUGCGGGCGGUGGCGGCAUCCACCGUCGCGUCGGCGGCGCCGCCUCGGUCAAGUCGGGCCGCUCGAGCUGGUCGACGGGCGGCGCGUCGACGGCGUCGGCCAAGUCGUCGCGGUCGGGCCGGUCGGCGGCCAGCCGGCCCGGCGCCGAGUACGCCUCCAAGAAGGGUCGUGGCGAUGUGAAGCGUGCCGGCCGGCCCGAUCCAUACGCCUACGUGCCGCUCAAGAGGAGCACGCUCAACAAACGGUCAGUGACGGGCCGGGCUGGGCUGCCGGGGCUGCCGGGGACGAGGACCGGCACAGAGCGGCCCGAGGAGCACGGCCGCCGCUGGGCCGAGGGCUGA